ACUUUAAAACCGAGGAACGUACUGAAGCGUGAAUUUUGUGUACCGUUACACCCAUAAUAGUUAUAAGUGCAAUGUAUCAUGUAUGUCAGGUGCUUGCAGUUACAGCAGAUGGCGCUCUUCCCGUUUAUCUUCCUCGUUAUGAUCGUGGAAGAAGACAAAUGUCGAAGGUCAGGCGCGUUUCCUUCCUCAGCGCUCAUUAGGAAGUAACCGGCUGUUUUUUUGUUGAACGCCACGGGAUCCGGUGGCUCCUCUCUCAGCGACAGUACACGCCGGUUUUUCAACGUUAUUACACUCAAACCAACAUGGCGAAGAAGAGGAGCGGAGUCCGCGAGCCAGACGGCACUUCACUCAUAGAAAAAGAAUCGACGACAAAAGAAAUGCAGCCUGUUAAAGCGGCGCAGUACACUGAAGGAGGAUCCGCACGCAUGUCCCUGCUCAUCCUGGUUACUAUCUUUGCCUGCGCUGCUUCAGUCAUGUACCUGGUUUACAGAAAUUUUCCAGAGCUGAGCGAAGAUGAGAGGGACAAGAUAAAAAUCCCCAAAGACAUGGACGACGCAAAGGCCCUCGGCACAGUUCUCUCCAAAUAUAAGGACACCUAUUAUACCCAAGUGCUUCUAGCAUAUUUUGCUACAUACAUCUUCCUCCAGACAUUUGCCAUUCCCGGUUCAAUUUUCCUGAGUAUCCUCUCUGGUUAUCUGUACCCCUUUCCCCUGGCCCUGUUUCUGGUUUGCCUGUGCUCAGGUCUUGGAGCGUCUUUCUGCUACAUGUUGUCUUAUUUAGUUGGCCGGCCCAUGGUGUAUAAGUACCUCACAGAGAAAGCGCAUAAAUGGUCACAACAGGUCGAUAAGCAUAGAGAACACCUCAUCAAUUACAUCAUCUUUCUGAGAAUUACGCCUUUUCUCCCGAAUUGGUUUAUCAACAUCACUUCUCCGGUCAUCAAUGUGCCUCUAGGAGUCUUCUUCUUUGGUACAUUUCUUGGAGUUGCUCCUCCAUCUUUUGUAGCCAUAAAUGCCGGAACUACACUGUAUAAGCUGACCACAGCGGGCGAGGCCGUGUCCUGGUACUCACUGGCCGUGCUGGCUGUCCUGGCUGUAGUCUCUAUACUCCCAGUGUGCUUCCAGAGAAAGCUUCAGGAAAAGAUGGAGUAAACGAACACCUCGUUUUUUCUGCCUGUCAUCUAGUUCAUCCUUGUCCUUAUGUGCACAACUGUCUUUUUUUUUUGUCAUCAUCAAAGACAAAACGGGCCCAGAACUGUUGAAUACUGACUGGCUCCAGAUCGCGCCACAUGCUUGUUUUUUGUGAACAGAAUGAACAUUUAUAUCCAUAAUCUUUUUAUUGUUUCAUAUGUUUUAAUGAUCUCGUGUAGCAGUUAUUGUUCCCAUAUCAAAUUAAUCAUUUAAAAUUUUUUUUUUUACUUUAAAGCAAUACAUUUUGAGGUGUUUUUAGCCCGUGUUGCUUUGGCAGCACAAGUAGGGUGCUAUGCCAGGAGAAAUUUAAAUAAAUAGGCCAUGACUUUAUUUCCCCACACUUUGGGUGGUAAGUAAGUAAUCAAAAUGUAUAUGAUGUGUGUGUGUGUGUGUGUGUGUGUGUGUGUGUGUGUGUGUGUGUGUGUGUGUGUGUGUGUGUGUGUGUAUACAUACAUUUCAUUUUGAUUAAUUCUAGACAAACAGCAAGUCUUUCUGCCAAACAUUUAUUUUUUUCCUGGAAUUUUUUUUUUUUACUUAUUUAUAUCAGAAGACAAUUUUGUGAAAUUGAAUUGCAUUUAUAAGGCCUCAUUUGUUGUCAUUUUUGUUUUUAGCUAGAAUGUUUUUGCUUGCAUUCAAUUUGUCUUAAAAAGCAAGUUACUAGAAAUAGAUUGCAGUAACCCUUUUGAAAUUGUUCUCCACCCCGAACUUAAAAGAGGAAACAAAGAGGAGUGAGAAUGAUGAUUUUGGUUGUGAUUAUUCAAAAUCAGAAGAAACCUUGUGAAUCUUAACCAGAUUAAAAAUACACACACAAAAAAAAAAGCAAUUUAGAAAAUUGAUUGUAAUACAGUGGGUUCGUGUUUGCACUGAAUGUUUUUUUUUUUUGGGGGGGGGGUACAUUUUACCCUAUGAAGGGUAGAAGCUGGAUACCUCAUUGUGUAUGAUUUCACGGUUUGCUCAUCCAAAGCAUCAUUAGUCCUUUAGUUUCCAAUCCUGGUACUGGAAGUGCUCCUGUUCGCCUGUGAUUUCUUAAUUAGCUAAUAGAUUUAGAUCAAUGAAUCUGAAAGUACAGUAUGUGUAUAGGCUCUUGUAGGACCAGGAUUUAGAACCAGCGGUCUCUUGCUUUCUGCAGUUUAGAAAACACUUACGUCCCUUUGUAUAUUCUAGUGAACCUCUAUUAAUCAUUUCCUAAGCCCACCCAUGUUUAUUUAGUAAAUUUCUACAAUGUCUUUGCUUUUCCUUACAUUUACUUUUUGAUUUCUCUUCAGGUUUGUGAUUUAAGUUGCUUCCACUCACUCAUACACAGUAUUACAUUGAUCCUUUGAGAUGUUCUUCACAUGUAAAUGCUACUAAUUGAUAAUGUUUUCUUUCAAGAUGUCAUUAUGAAAUCUAAAAUGAAGAUAUUUAUUAUGAAAUAAUUAAAACAUGGUUUCCUUCA